UGCCUCUUCUCUGCCGUAGAAGCAGCUGGACAGAAGUUGACUACUGAUCUAAAGUCAGAAGUUUUUACUUCUGUGGUGUUCUUGGUUUUAAACAAAACACCAUCAUGGCGGAACUAAGUUUUGUAAUCGCCAUGUCUGUGGUGACCCUGUUUUGGGCCAUUGUUGGAGGAGUAGUGCCGCUGUUUAUCCCCAAAGGACCAAACAGAGGAGUGAUUGUCACAAUGCUGGUGUUAACUGCAGUUUGCUGCUACCUGUUCUGGUUAAUAGCAAUUCUGGCCCAGCUGAACCCACUGUUUGGGCCUGCUCUGUCCACUGACACCAUCUGGUACCUGAACUAUCACUGGCCAUAAUUUACAUUUCCAGGACCCCUGACCAAGCAGCAGGGGAAGACCUGACACUGCUGCAUACCAAUGGAUGUUUGCUAGUCACUCCAUGCAGAGAUCAUUCCCUCUGAAUCGCCUUAAACUCAGAUCCCUGUGUGAUUAUUGAGUGAUGCCCCCACUGGUGCCUUGUACAAAAAUGAUUCCCAAAGGACUUCUGAGAUAUCUCACUGAAUGUGCUUUACUUGAAAUUAAAGCAGCCUUCACUUGGUGUUGUUUGGUUUAUAUAUAAUGUAUAUUGUGUUAAUGCUAUUGUUGAUAAGAAUGAGCUUGCCUUUAAAUAGUUGAGUGAUGUGUUUGAUGUGCCCUCUCUUUGUCUGUUAAUAUUACCAUUGGAUGUAAUCAAUAUGAUUGUUGUUAAUCAAUAAAUUAAUAAUCAACUCUA